AUGCUGGACCAGUUAGACAGCUUAUUGAUUUAGAAACCAGGUCUUUCAUUACACCAUCAAUAGAAAAUGCCAACAUUGACCACAACAGAAUCAAUGACUUUGUCCCAGAGGUGCUUCCUUCUGUAUUGUCAAGACCAAGUUCCUCUGUAGAUGAUAUAAAAGAAUUUAUACUACAACAUCGAGAAAAUUUCAUUAAUAUGCGAUCCGAAGACCCUCUCUUACUAGAAGUAAGGAGGGAACAUGUUCUAAUGGAUGCUAUAGCUAUAAUCAGGUACUCCCAGGAAGACCUUCACAGUCCUCUCCAAAUUAAAUUUUGUGGAGAGCAGGGGGUUGAUGUAGGUGGACUAAGGAGAGAGUUUUGGAGUCUUUUUCUGUAUCAGCUCUCGCAUUCAAUUUUUGUGACAGGAAAGGAAGGAAGACUUAGUUUCCAAGCAAAUUUUAUGGAAAGGAAAAAGAACACUUUUUUCCACCUUGGACAGCUAGUUGCAUUAUCCAUUCUUCAAGAUGGUCCAGGAGCACCAAUCUUCUCAGAGUGUAUCACGGACUAUAUACUAAAUGGAAAAUACGAUUCACUGGACCCAGAGGAUUUGAUGGAAGGUCCAAAGGAAAUCUUGGAAAAAAUGGCUACAUGUUCCUCAGAGGAUGAACUACAACAACAGUACAUAGCUAUCUCAGACUUUGCUACAGAUGCUGGAUUUCUAUUACCAGUUAUGCGAUUUACAGCAAAGCAUGUACCAACACUCCAAGCAUGCCUUAUAGAGAACCAAGUUGUGAGCUGCAAGGAGGAGCUGGACCAAUUUAUUAAAGGUUUAGAUACCCACCAACUAUUAAGUGCUCUGCGACAAGAGGAAAUGAGAGACAAGUGCAGAGCACUUUUUAGUGGGAAAAUAAAGCCUUUAACAGCUGCUGCUGUUCGGAAUUUACUGAAAUUUAAGUACACCGAGGGAAAUAAGAGGCAGCAGGAGAUGUCAACUGGGCAGGGCUUCUUAACCUUUUUACAGGCUACUAAAGGAUCUGGGGCCACAGUAAAUGGCAUUAACAUUAAGCCAAAGGACGUUCUAAUGUGGUUGACUGGUUCAACACAUAUACCAGCAAGUGGAUUCCACAAAUCCAUCGAUGUGGAAUUUGGGAGUACCACGAAUAUUAACACCUGUGCUUUAUGCUUAACUCUGGAGAUCAAAGAAGAAAUGACGCAAGAUGAAGCUGUGUCAUACUAUACAGAACUUCUCAUUAACACACAAACCUUUUCCAAGGAAUAAUAUUUAAGAAAAUUGUGUGUACAAGUCUAUAGUUUCAACAAGAGGCCCAUGGGCCAUAUUGCUCACCACAGUAACAGAUUUCUCCCUUUCUAAUAUCGGCUAUAAUUACCCUACACCUGGGGGUCAUGAUUUGAACAAUUUAGAAUCUACACUACAUACCCCAGGAUGCUUCCUGAGGACUUUAUAGUCAGACAGACGGACAAUGGACAAGUUGUGAUCAGAGAAGCUCACUUGAACUUUCAACUCAGCUCAGCUAAGAAUUGUUCAAUUUGUGAAUUUAGUAUUCACAGUUAAAUUUUCAUUAUUGAAAAUUAUAACCAAAAUUUGCCGAGAUAAUUUUUCAUGGCAAAAUUCAUCCUAUUAAAAAACAAUGUUGUAUUUAUGUAGUUUGAACCUUAGCAAUAAAAAUCCUGAGUAUCAUUUUCUUUCAAGAUAAGCAGCUAGGCUACAUAAGUCCUGUCAAUUUUGCUUGUUAUGUUUACCCAUCUUCUUUGCUAAUUAUAAUAUGGCCAAACACAUUUUGACUGUGCUAAAUAAAGCUUUCAAUACAUUACACCUGAAAAUUUUUCAACUUGCUUAUGGAAAUGUUUGAUACAUUUUUAUGUCACUCUGUAGGCAAUAUAAAAGGAUGAAACCUUUAUUGACUGUGUUGACUUGUUCAAUAAGAGUAUAUCUUUAUAUUACAUGUAUAUAUUCUAACCUGAAUAUGAUAAUGAAUAUAUACAUAUCCCACCAAACUGUAAAAAAAAAAUCACCUUUAUUGACU